AUGCAAUGGAACUCCGCGAGUGAGAUCGCGACCUACCUGCUCUCAGCGAAUCCAGUUGCUAUUGUGGCCGCUUGUCUGGUGGCAUUCUUGUUUCCUUUGGCCUUACACCUCUUCCUAUACCGUACAGCUCCCACCAGCAAGUCUGAUCAGUUCAUUUUACUGGGCUCUAGCGGGUCAGGAAAGACAGCUCUCUGUGCUAAACUCGAAAAAGGUACAUCCUCAAACCUCGAGCCUCGACCAACCCAUACUUCCCAGGUCUCCUCUACGUUUCCGGUAGCACUUCAUCCGGCCGUUAGAAAAGGCUCAGACAAAUACCGUUCUGUCAAUGACCCGACAUUGGCACAGGCUGCCAAACAGCGGGUGACUUUCUCUCUCAGAGAUACUCCGGGGCAUGGGAAGCUUCGUGACCUUGAAGUUAUUGCCCAGUUGCUAGAUCCUUCAAAGCAGAAACAGUCCAAGACCAAAGUUCGCGGCGUGAUUUUCAUGAUCGACGCUAGUACUUUGAUGGACGCAGGUCAACUAGCCGAUAUUGCAAGAUACCUCUAUGACGUUCUGAUAAUACUCCAUCGUUUCUCAGCAUCCACUCGGGCACGCAGCACCCCCGUCUUAGUAGCAGCCAACAAGCAGGAUCUAUUUGCUGCUAUUCCGCCGGCCAUGGUGAAGGAGAAGCUAGAAGCCGAAAUCGAAGCAGUCCGAGAGACGAGACGUAAGGGUGUGAUCAAUCCUGAUGCGGAAGGUGAUGAUGAGGCCGAUGCUUUUGGCAGUCAACCUUUUACUUUCCAGCUUCUGGAAGAGGAAUCUGGUGUCAAGGUUGAUUUCCUCGGAGGAAGCGUCACGACGGAUUACAGAGACGAUGCCACGUCUGGCCUUCGGUCCUGGGAAGAAUGGAUGGGUCAAUGUCUAUGA